AAAAACAGAUAUGGCCGCUCAAAGGAAGAAAACAAACGACAGUGUCACACGCUUUGCGAAACAUAACAAGAAAAAACCUGUUUGAUAGUUUCUUUUGCGUCAUGACAGACACAAUGAAUAAAAUAAUCACAAAGAAACAAACGGUUAAAUUUAUGUUAGAUUGCAGCAAAGCGGUGGAAGAUAACAUUUUAGAUCCGCAUGAUAUGGAGAAAUAUUUUCAUGAUCGAAUUAAAGUCGACGGCAAAACCAACAAUUUAGGAUCUAAAGUUGAAAUUUUGCGGGAUCGCUCAAAAAUCAGCGUCGUGGCGGAAACACCUUUCUCAAAACGUUAUAUUAAGUAUCUUGCGAAACGUUAUUUGAAAAAGCAACAAGUGCGUGACUUUUUGCGUGUUGUUGCCACUAAUCGUAAUAAUUAUGAAUUACGCUAUUUGAACCUUGUUAAUGGAGACGAUGCUGACAAGUAAACUGUUCCUUAUUGUAAAUAAUUUUCAAAAUAGGAAUUUCUUUAACAAAUUAAAUACUUGUGUCAUGACUUAUUCCAUACGAAAAAACACGCUUAGAUGGCUUUUUAAAAGUGAAAAGAUACUCUUAAAAAGUCGUUUUGAUUAAAGAAAAGUUUUCUUGAAGAAAAAUUAGUAGUAAUAAAAAACAUUUUUUUUCAAGUUCAACAGAAGAAAAUAUAUCUCUGUAAAUUAUUUAAAGAUAUUUGACAGCUAGUAACGUUGAAUCCGUAAAAAUUAUAAGAAAGGAACUUAUCG